AUGCAGUCCAGAUUCAAGGAAAGGCUCUCCUACCAGACCAGUCCGCAAGAGCUUGAGCAGUUCAUUAAACAGACCAAGCUCGACCACAGCACCAGGGCUCAGGAGCCCGAAAGGCCCGAGAAGCAGAUUCGUCAAGAGCGCACUGCUCUCCACGACGCAGCAGAGUUCGGAUAUCCCAACUUUGCUCUCACGUUCAUCGAACACGGAGAUGAUAUAAACGCUGUAGAUGCAAAAGGACGCACUCCCCUCCAUGUUGCUGUACAAGCAGGCCAAGAGGAGAUGGUGCGCCUCCUCAUACAGAGAGGAGCAGAUGUGAACAUCAAAGACAACGACGGACUCACCCCUCUACAUUUCGCUGCCGUGCUGCGUUCAGUGACCUUGGCCCGCCUACUUGUGCAGGCAGGGGCAAACCCCGCUCCUCUUUGCUUUCUUGUUUGA